CACAAAAUUACUUUUCUUUACAGGAUGGCUUGCAACGGUAUCGAAAGACGGAAGAACAGCUGGAUAUUUCAACAGCGUCGGUGAAGUAUCGAGAGCGCUAGUGCGUUUAUUUCUCGUUCAAGAUGCAGUCGUGGGACUAAAAGCAACAAAUGCGGGAAUGUGUCGCACAGUAAUUACAGGUGGCCAUGUAUUAAAAUCAAUGGGUCCUUACGAAGACCUAAAUCGGCAAAAUGUGUUAUUGGCAAGCAAAGGAAAUAUCCAUGAUGAUCUUAUGAUGUAUUUAAAAUGCCUUACUCAGCAUGGAGAAACGGUAUAUCUACCUUAUAGUGCUAAAGGAAGAUUUUACUGCAUUGCCACUCCUAAAUCACAUUCCAUCAAUCACUUAUUCCUCUUAUCAAAUCUGCUAAAAGUAUCGAGACUGCCCUGCUUCGUUAGAAUAGUAUCUGGACCGAAACCGCACGUAUCUUUACCAUUCACGAACAUUAUUAAGUUGGAAGAUGUGGGCCACGAGACCAUUAUACUAGGAUGUGCUCUUGUUAACAAUGAACCAAUCCUUUUAGAAAUAAACGCUAAUUCAGAAUUUGCUUUCCUUAAAGCUACAGAUGAUAGACUGCUGCAAAAAUCAGAAACAUUUAAACGCAUGUGCCAGGUGUGCACAGUUGAAGGAGAUAGAUGGAGACAACAGAUUCGAGUAGCCCAUCAUGUGGUUUCAAAGCAGAAGAAAGAAGAGGACCUUCCGAAGAAAGAGAAGCUUACAUCUUUUUCCACCCUCUCUAGAUCGCAAAUAACUCGUUCUUCACUUGCUAAAUCGCCCGUUGACACAUCGAAGCCAAACAAGUGCAAGGAUAUCAAACCAGCCCUUCCUACUCUUGAAUUAAUUGAUUUCUUGAAAUAUACCUAUCGUGGUUAUAUGUUUCCCAAGAAGUUCUGGAUGUUCCGUAAAUCUAGGAAAUUUGAAUUUCCAGAUAACAGCGAUAAAAUUUCUAAACUACCUUUCGACAUUCUAAAAGCCUAUUACUCAAAAUCUAAAGGUAGAAAAUGUUUAACUUUAAAAAUCACUGCGCCUAAAGAUUCCGUUAUGUUAAUUGAUGCUGAAAAAGCUAGAUUGGAAGUGCAAAGACGUACUAACUCAGAUGCUGGCUACGGAACAUCUUACGCUGACGAUGAAUCAAUUUAUCAUUCUAUCUGCUGAUUGGUUAAAAAGUGUGUGUAGCGCAAUAUUUUUUAACAAAAAAAUAAGUACGUGCGUAUUAAUUCUCAGUUUCUUUAUUAUAGGUAUUUCUGUUUCCUCAGUUUCUUAACAUACCUAACAAGACAUUUUCUUGCAAUAACUACUUUUACUCUUAGUUCUUUCGAAAGUACAAAAUUGUACGCUGAAACAAAAGCUUUAAGUUACCGUUUUACUACGGUAUACUUAUUAAGUGAGUAGAGAGCUCAGUAGACGGCACAGAAGCCGCUGGUUUCUGCUGUUUUGGUGCUACUGGACUGGUAAAAUUGUACUGCGCAGAGAAUGUUUUGAAAACCAAAGAAAAGAGUGAAUAAAAGAGGAAUAUGUAAAUAAUGAAAUUCCGUUUUACAUAAAAAGUUAUUAUAAUUGCAUUUUUUUAUGUAUCAAUUAAAGAAUAGUGCAAUAAAUAUUUUAUUUCAAACAUUUG